AUGGCAUCCACCGGCGCGUCCGCAGUAGAUGAAGAUCAAACUCCCUUGACAGGCCACAGGGUCGUCGGACUCGGUGAAAGGGUCGCCGGACGUAAUGGCGGUUCGGGUGGAGACCCAGCGCGCUGCGCACUGAGCAGUCGGAUGACCUUUACCGCUCGUUGGAACUUGGCACGUCCUGGUCAUCCGCGUGGUUGUGGUGUGUGCAGUAUCCGACGGGCACUUGACUCGUACUGCACGUGGAAGUCAUCCGUGGAUAUAAACCACCAGAGCCUCCGCCCCAGGAUCAUGAUAUCUCACUUCCAGCUCCAUCCACGCCCACCACAUUCUUUUCUUGUUCCGAUCUAG